AUGUUUUACCAGGUGCGCGUCCCUUCGUCAGAUUGUGAUGCUUUGAGGUUUCUGUGGUGGCCUGCUGGCGACCUUUCUAAAGAGGCGGAGGAAUAUGAAAUGAGAGUCCAUCUUUUUGGCGGCGCAUCAUCUCCGAGCUGCGCCAACUUUGCGCUCAAGAAAACUGCGAAAGAUAACGAGACAAGUUUCAACGCUGAGGUAAUCGAAACGGUAGAAAAGAACUUUUACGUUGAUGAUUGCCUGAAGUCAGUCAGGGAAGAAGAAGAGGCAGUCAAUCUUGCAAAAAAGCUACGCGAGUUGCUUGCGCGAGGUGGAUUCAAGCUCACAAAAUGGCUCUCCAAUUCAAGAAAGGUGGUCGAAUCCUUACCUGAAUCAGAACGAGCUUCAGUAGUCAAAAAUCUCGACUUCGAUUGCUGGUCCAUGGAAAGAGCGCUCGGUGUCCAAUGGAAUAUAACAUCGGACAAAUUUGGUUUUACGAUCGUCAUCAAAGACCGGCCUGCCACGAGAAGAGGUAUCUUGUCGAUCGUUGGUUCAGUUUACGAUCCUUUGGGGUUCGCUGUUCCGUUUAUCCUGCAAGCCAAACUCAUUCUUCAAGAUUUAUGUCGAGAGAAAUUGGGUUGGGACGACAAAAUCUCGGAUGUAUACAUGAAACGAUGGCAAGCCUGGUUAGAAGAUUUACCUAAGCUGGAACAACUUGCUGUCGAUCGCUGUUUCAAGCCUGCUGAAUUAGGCGAAAUCAGUGACACCCAACUUCACCAUUUUGCGGACGCUUCGCAGCAUGGGUAUGGAGCCGUUACAUACCUUAAAGUCAAGGACAAGGAUGGACAGGUUAAACGUUCGUUUGUGAUGGGAAAAUCAAGACUUGCACCAAUCAAGCCAGUUACUAUUCCCCGUAUGGAAUUGUCGGCAGCAGUCGUAGCAACCAAGCUGGACCAGAUAACGUGCCAAGAACUUAGUUUUCCCAUCGAUGAAUCGUUCUUCUGGACGGAUAGUACCUGCGUAUUGCGGUAUAUCGAAAACCAAGACAAAAGAUUUCAAACCUUCGUGGCAAACCGGGUCGCCGCUAUUCACAAUGCAUCAUCUCCCGCUCAAUGGAGUUAUAUUAAUACCGAGCUGAACCUAGCCGACGAUGCUUCAAGGGGAGUGCCAGUCGAGUCUCUCCAUCGUUGGAUUGAAGAACCAGAGUUUCUGAGGAAGUCGAAAGAAUUUUGGCCGAAACGACCAGGCGAAAUGGCCAUGCCCGUCGACGACGCCGAUCCCGAGAUCAAAGGGCCUAUCGUGUGA